AUGAAAGAGACACUACCAAUUAUUCUUUCUCUACUUUUCCUAAUGGCCAUUGAAAAUUCAAUGGGCCAACUUAAGAGGACUCCCAUCGUUCGGCAGAUAAAUCAGAACAAGACCCAUGCCAAUGUGAAGGCAGAAAAGAUCAUUUUGGCUGCCAAGUACUCGCUGACAGACAAAUAAUCAUCGCAAACCACGCAGAUACUGGCCAACGGAUUCAAUCUGGAGUACACCAUUCGGCUCUGUAUCGGAACUCCGCCGCAGUGCUUCAACCUUCUAUUCGAUACUGGAUCCUCCGAUCUGUGGGUACCUAGUGUAAAGUGCGCGGCAUCCAACGAAGCCUGUCAGGUUCACAAUAAGUACAAUUCAAGUGCCUCUAGUUCCUACGUGGCGGAUGGAAGAGGUUUUUCUCUUCAGUACGGCACAGGCAGCUUCUCAGGAUUCCUAUCCACGGACACUGUGGACAUAGUCGGUAUGGUGAUUAAAAACCAGACUUUUGUAGAGGCCGUCGAAGAGCCGGGUACAACCUUUGUGGAUACUAUUUUUGACGGCGUUAUUGGAAUGGCCUUUGCAUCUCUCUCUGGUGGACUGACUACGCCGUUUGACAAUAUCAUCCAGCAAAGAUUAAUCCAACGGCCAGUGUUCUCCGUCUAUCUCAGACGUGAAGGCACCUCAGAGUUUGGCGGUGAAGUCAUCUGGGGAGGAGUCGAUCGGAGUAUCUACAGGGGAUGCAUCAACUAUGUUCCCGUCUCAAUGCCUGCCUAUUGGCAGUUUACGGUUAACUCGGUGAAAGUCAACGACAACCUGCUCUGCAAUGGAUGCCAGGCCAUAGCAGAUACUGGCACCUCACUAAUCGUGGUCCCUCUUAAGGCCUACAAUUCCAUCAAUAGACUUCUCAAUGCCUCGGAUAAUGGAGAAGGAGAGGCCUUUGUGGACUGCCAAAGACUCUGCAACCUGCCAAAGGUUCUCCUGAAUAUUGGAGGCACAACCUACUCUCUGAAUCCAAAGGAUUACAUCUACCAAGUCCAGGACAAUAACAAUAAAACCCUCUGCUUAUCCGGCUUUACGUAUUUACAGGGAAACCUACUAUGGAUUCUCGGAGAUAUUUUCCUAGGAAAGGUAUACACGGUGUUCGAUGUGGGCAAUGAGAAAAUUGGAUUUGCUAAGCUAAGGAAAAACUCUACUGAUAGUAGGGUUAAGACCAGCUAUGUUAAGCUACCCUCUAGCUAUGGUUUUGAUUACUAUAGCUACGGCGCUGAAUACUCUGGAUUUUUUACAUAAGUAUAUUGAAAAAAUAAGAUAGAAACAGAUAGAAUGAAAGAUAGACCCACGUUCUUUUCUGGUCAAACACCUCAUGUCAAAACAGCUGAAUAAAAUUAAAUAAAAUCAAAUAUUUGGUUAA